AUGCUGAACCUUCGUCCAUCGGGAUAUUUCAAGAGUACACUACGCUGGUCCUGCCGACGCACAUUCACGAGUCAGAGUAGGCUUCCACCAUUGCCUCCACCAUCAGAAUGGAAGGAUAUCUUCAGCUCUUCUACUGUAUCUUCGAGAGACAGGGUAUCUCUUCGGGCACCUGAGACGGCACAACUAAUCGCAGAAUCUUUCCUUUCCGGGGCAAGCUCAGCCAAUGGAGAAGGAAAGAUAGUGAUCGAGGCAUUCCCAGGUCCUGGAGCUCUUUCCAGAGCGCUUCUCGAGCUGCCAGCAUCCAAUAUACAGAAGUUAAUUAUUUUGGAAGACCAUCCUGAUUACCUCAAGUAUCUGAAGCCCCUCGAAGCUGCUGAUUCUCGCGUGAAAGUUGUACCUCUCUCAGGGUUCGACUGGGAUACAUAUUCUCACAUAGAAGAAAUAGGACUGCUUGACGAUGUCAAAACUGUCCCAUGGAGCAGUGGUUUGCAUCCUCAAUUGCACUUCAUCAGUCAUCUCCAACAUACGAUCAAAGGGGAGCAGCUCAUUGCCCAACUCUUCCGCUGCAUACCCGAUGGAACAUGGCUCUAUAAAUACGGCAGAGUACCAAUGAGCUUUGUGCUAAGCGAUUGGGUUUGGGAGCGGAUAUCUGCCGUUCCGCCAAAUUCAAACCGAUGCAAAUUGUCUGUUAUUGCCGAGGCCACCGCGACAUGCACGCUGUCACUAGAUCCAGCGAAGCUUCUACCGUAUGAUGAUCACUUUCAUCCAAUAACAACAAAAUAUACGGCUGAGAAGCGACCACAACCUCGACGCCCAGGAUAUCCACUCGUCGCAAUGAAUUUAAUUCCCCACGAUGAUCAGCUGAUCACAAAAGGUAUGCUUGAAAAAUGGGACUUCUGUCUACGCAGACUCUUUGUCCUUAAAUCGACCCCACUGAAGAAGGCGAUAAGUUCGCUAGCACCCGGUGCCCAGACUAUGCUCAAAAUGCUCACCGAUUCAUCGCUCCCUGACUCGCAACGGGUCGACAUUGGCAAAGCCCCGCGCCAUUUGACCUUGGCUGAUUGGGCUCUAGUCAUUCGUGCAUUCGAUAAUUGGCCAUUUGCACCUGAGGAUCUAAUGAUUAGCGAUGCGUUUACAAGGCAGAAUGCUGUGCGAGUUGUUUUAUGA